AUGGUGGACGUGACCCCGUCCCCAUCCCCCUCUGAGUCGUCCUCGUCCGAGGCGUCGCCGCCGCCCUCGCCGCCGCCGCAGCCGCACGCGCACGAGCACGAGCAGCCGCACGCGCACGCGCACGCAGACGCUUACGAGCUCGGGCUGCCGUUCGCGUACGUUCACGCUCACGCGCACGAGUUGCCACACGCGCAUGCGCACGCUCAAGCGCACGCGCCGCCGCGCUCUCGCUCUCGCUCCCGCUCGCCGACGCCGCACUCCUCCGCGCACUCCUCGUCGGACUCCGACCGCUCGUCCCAGCAGUCGUCGCCUCGAGCCUCACCGAACUGCUCUAACCGCUGGAAUCGCUCCUCGAACAGCUCGUCGCCGUCGAAUCCACCAUCGCCCUUCCCGAUUCCGACACGGCACCCAUUGCUGCGGCCUAUCCCGAUGAUCCGGUCCGCGAUGGCUUCGUCGCGGCACGGGUGCGCGCUCUUGUUCCCGAGCCGGCCCUUCAUCCGGUUCCCGCUGCCGCCGGCCAGCCCACCGCCUGAGUGCUCGUCGGACAUACCAGAGGUGUUCCUGCCGCCGGCCACGCCGCCGCUGUCGGCGACGUCGACGUUGUCCUCGAUGUCGCCCUCGUCGCUGACCCCGCCGCAGUCGGCGGGCGCGUCGCCGGCGCGCGGGUGGGCGCGGCGCGGCGGGCCGGGGGCCGCACCGGCGAGCGUGCUGGGGGCCGGGCCGACGGCCGAGGCGGUGCGCGCGGUCGCCGGGCUGCGGCGCGCCAAGUCGCUCCCGCAGAUCCCGCCGCGGGUGUCGCGCGUGCAGUACGUUUGCCCGUCCCCGUUGCCGAUCCCUUCACGGCCAAUAAUACCGCUAUAUCGACAGGAAACGUUGAAGAAGUCCGUAUCCGAACAACAAUUGGUUGAAAUGUUUUUCAAAAUGAAAAUUUAA